UUUGCACCUGGGCUGCUCCUUACACCGGCCGGGCUGAGGACGACAGGACGGGUGCUCCGUACCCCGGCUGGGAGUGCUCGGGACCGGGGCUCGGAGCAGAGGGAGACCGCGGGAGGGAGUCUUCACACAGGUCACCCUGGUAACCCCGGGUCGGCGAAGGUGGGGUGGGGGCGGUGCGGGCGAAGAGAAGGAACCGGCCAGAGAUUCGGAGUCAGGGGAGCAGGACCCCGGCAGGGGGCGGUGAUGAGGAUGCGGACCCCCAGCCUGACCGAGACUCUCUGUGUGUUCCAGUGGGUCUUGACCUUCCUGGCGAUGGGUGUCUUUUUCACCCUUCUGACUGUGUACUUGCUCUUCACGCCUCUCUGGCCAGUGUCUGCCCUGUACCUUGCCUGGUUGGCCAUGGAUAGAAACACCCCCGAACGAGGAGGUAGAAGAUCAAGGUGGGUCAGAAGCUGGAGAGUAUGGAAAGGAAUGAGGGAUUAUUUUCCUGUGACGCUUGUGAAGAUGUCCAAGCUCAGCCCCAAAAAGAACUACAUCCUCGGCUACCACCCCCACGGGAUAAUGUGCUUCGGUGCCUUCUGCAACUUCGGCACGGAGGCCAACCAGUUCUCCAGGGUGUUCCCAGGCAUCACCCCGCAUCUGGCAACGCUCAACGGCCUCUUCCGUCUGCCCAUCUUCAGAGAUUACCUCAUGAGUUCAGGAGCAUGCUCAGUGAGCAGGUCAAGCCUCAGACACCUCCUGGAAGAAAGGGGGGAGGGCCAAGCAGUGGUGAUCGUGGUGGGGGGCGCAGCAGAGUCAAUGACUGGCCGGCCGGGCGAGCACGGGGUCUUGCUGAAGAACAGGCAGGGCUUCGUCCGGAUGGCUCUGGAGCACGGGGCCGACCUAGUUCCUGUCUACUCUUUCGGAGAGAACGACGUCUAUGACCAGGUAGUUCUAGAGCCAGACAGCUGGGGGAAUCGACUGCAGCGGCAGUUCCAGAAGCUGGCGGGCUUUGCUCCCUGCCUGUUCAGAGGCCGUGGUCUCGUGUUCAGCCGCUCCUGGGGCCUGCUGCCCUUCGCCAGGCCAGUCGCUACUGUAGUGGGCAAGCCCAUCGCUGUCAAGAGGAUGCCCAACCCUCCUCAAGAAGAGGUGGAUCGCUACCACACUCUGUACCAGGAAGCCCUUCUCAGGCUCUUUGAUAAGCACAAGACGCGGUAUGGACUGUCCAAGGAUACCAGGCUGACCAUACACUGAGGCCCAUCACCCCUCU